UAUAUAAGUGUUUUCGUUUUAUCGUUAUCCACCAAAAAAUGUGGCCGCUGAAGGGACUCAUUCUUGCCGUUCUGUUUGUUUUUUCGACAGCCUGGCCAUCCUGUUCUGUGUGUAAAACGGAAAAAAUGAACUGGGACCAGCGGAAUAUAUGCUUUUUGCAUUGUAUACCUCAAGGACGUAUAGAUGCUCGAUGGUAGACCGACUGUGGUUUCGAAAAGCAAAAUAAAUGUGAAAGUUGCUUUCUUUGAAUUGCUGUCGAAUAAAUCAACUCUAGCA